AUGGGGUCUUCUCAAGAUAUGGGAUCCUUUGAUGAGUUGGAACCUAUAGUAAUCCUUGAUGAAGAAGACGACCUUACUCCAAAGGCGGAACCUAGGUUAAUGGUGCCCAAAAGAGAGAAAACUGAAGAAGAACAAGAACAGUUUGCUAAAGAACUGAAUGUGGGUAGAUCAUCAUCAUCAACUCGUCCCCCUUUAUUCGACAUCAUCUCCUCGAAACGGUUGCUGGAUAAGAUGUCCACCACGGAAACCGCAGCGUGGCUCGAUGUGAUCAACAACAAUGAGGAGGAGGUUUUGGCUCCUCGGACGAUGAAGAAUGAGUGCGAAGUGGAAGACGUGACAAAACCCGUUCCCUUAGGUAAUGAAGACGAUAUUGGCCAUGAAGAAAAGAGUUCUUGGGAAGAAGAUAACAACAAUAUGGAUGCAUCUUCUAAUAAUGGUGUUGAGGAUCCAUAUUUCGGAACAAUUCAGACCACAGCUAAUGUUCAGCGGCCACUAUAUGAGCUAAAUGCGAAUGGGAACCUCGUGAUUGAAUCUCUUUAUGAUGAUGAUGAUGAUGCUUCAGUGUCAUCAGAUGAGUAUUUGAUUUACGACAUGAAAUUUAUACCUUCCUUUUACCAUUGA